AUGGCUUACCAUCAGGACCUUAAUGCCCUGCAGAAACUGGAUGUAGCCACUAUUGCUGUAUUUGAAGAGAUAGACGAGAUUAAGAUUAUGAACCAGAGAAUUGCUUAUCUAACCUCUAUAUAUGAGGAUGUUAUGGCAGAACGUAUAAAUCUUUAUAGCAGAAAGGCCAAGCGUUUAUUAGCCUGGAAAGACUCCGCUUAUGAUAUAUAUAUCUCUAUUCAUAAAUUUACCAAGCGGGAUAGAACAUCAUUAUUCGGGAUCUUCGAGAAAUAUCUUCCAGAACGUGCAUGGCUAAAGGAAUCACUCUUCACAGAGAUCAUACUGGAUAGUUUAGUUGGCCAACAAUGCCUAGAGGACAUGGUUGUACUUUGUGUAUCCACAGAGCAUGUGGUUUUUUAUCCUAGACUAUCACCUACAGAAGGUCUCUAUCUAAUCUACUCAAAACCUAUAUCAGAGAUUGUGAUACAAGGGCGAGUAAAGCAUAUUCUUUAA